AAAUACAAUUGAGUUUUUGUGUGUGUUUACGUCAACCAACAUGGCGGCAUGCAGCAGAACUCAGGUGAUCUCCUUGUACAGAAUGCUUAUAAAAGAGAGCAAAAAAUUCCCCUCUUACAAUUACAGAACGUAUGCCCUGCGCAGAGUAAAGGACAGCUUCAGGGAGAAUCUCCAUGUUGACAACCCAAAAACUCUGGAUAUGCUGCUCAACCAGGCCAGAGAGAACCUUGCUGUCAUCAAGAGACAGGUGUCCAUUGGCCAGAUGUACACUACUCAGAGGACCAUUGUGGAGGAAACUGGAGUGCACAGGGACUUCUGAGUUUAUAGUCGUGUCGUGAUUGUUGUUAUCAUAGGAUGUCUUGAAGAUUGGGUCACUGUCUAGGAACAGAUUCUGGACAGUUAGUCAUGUUUUGCUAUGGUAACAGCACUGAGGAAAGGCUUUAUAGUCACAGAAAGUCACCUAGCACUUACACCAGCCAACACUUCUCUCUGAUGUAUUGAAAUGUAUGACCUGUAUAAUUGCUCCUGUAAGUCGCUCUGGAUAAGAGCGUCUGCUAAAUGACUAAAAUGUAAAUGUAAAAUGUAAUAGUACUCUUUUAAAACUCAUGUUAUCAUUUAUAUGUAUUUGUAAUGGCUUGUAGUGAUAUGUAAUACCCUUUUGUUGCAAUAACGGCAGCAUCUUAAUUAAACAGUAAUAUAUGCA